GAGGGGUCAGGUGUGGCGGUGCACCACCGAGAGGAGAGCUGCCGCUCUGAGUUGCCGGUUUGAUGCAGAUGAUAGCUGGCUGGUGAAAUGAUAACUGGUUCACCUAACUCACACUGGAGAGGACCUCAAUAAACAUUUUCCUCUGCACACACGGUCCUGACGUUUGCAUCUCAUGGGGCAGGGUGAUGCCAUUAAACCUCUCUAGACCCUGUUAGAAUUGGCGUGGUGGUUGGGUGUCUUCCUGUCUGAAGAGGCCCCAGAGACUGCGUUUGUUGCUGUGACUCCCACAGGAAGAGUCUGGGACUUUUAGUCGGAGUGUGCUGCUGAUGCAGCUUCUGCCUCAGUGCUUUCUGCAACAGGAGCUUAGAUGUUGGACUGCAUGUGGCCUGCUGGGCAGCAGAGCGUCUGGAGGCCUGUCUCCUAGGCUGGCGCAGAGCAUCAAGCCGAGCUCCCAGCCCCCGGUUCAGGCUGGGGAUGAUGAGAAGAACCAGAGGACGAUCACUGUCAACCCUGCCCACAUGGGGAAGGCGUUCAAGGUUAUGAAUGAACUGCGGAGUAAACAGCUGUUGUGUGACGUGAUGAUUGUGGCGGAAGAUGUCGAAAUAGAAGCCCACCGUGUGGUCCUGGCAGCCUGCAGCCCCUACUUCUGUGCGAUGUUCACAGGUGACAUGUCUGAAAGUAAAGCCAAGAAGAUAGAAAUCAAGGACGUGGAUGGGAGGACGCUGAAUAAGCUGAUUGACUACAUCUAUACGGCGGAAAUUGAGGUGACUGAAGAGAACGUCCAGGUGCUGCUCCCAGCGGCCAGCUUGCUGCAGCUCAUGGACGUUCGGCAGAACUGCUGUGACUUCCUGCAGUCUCAGUUGCAUCCCACCAAUUGCUUGGGCAUCCGAGCAUUUGCAGACGUGCACACCUGCACCGACCUUCUGCAGCAGGCCAACGCUUACGCAGAGCAGCACUUUCCAGAGGUGAUGCUGGGUGAAGAAUUUCUUAGCCUAAGUCUGGACCAGGUGUGCAGCUUGAUAUCCAGUGACAAGCUGACUGUUUCUUCAGAGGAGAAGGUAUUUGAAGCUGUGAUUUCAUGGAUCAAUUACGAGAAAGAAACCCGUUUAGAGCACAUGGCAAAACUGAUGGAACAUGUCCGACUCCCUCUCUUACCGAGGGAUUACCUGGUCCAGACGGUUGAAGAAGAAGCUUUGAUAAAGAAUAACAACACCUGUAAGGACUUCCUCAUCGAGGCCAUGAAAUACCAUCUGCUCCCUCUGGAUCAGAGGCUCUUGAUUAAGAACCCAAGGACCAAGCCCAGGACUCCAGUCAGCCUGCCCAAGGUCAUGAUUGUGGUUGGUGGCCAGGCCCCCAAGGCGAUCCGCAGCGUGGAGUGCUAUGAUUUCGAAGAGGAGCGGUGGGACCAGAUUGCUGAGCUCCCCUCCAGGAGAUGCAGGGCAGGUGUGGUGUUCAUGGCUGGUCACGUGUAUGCUGUGGGCGGGUUUAACGGCUCACUGCGCGUGCGGACAGUGGAUGUAUAUGAUGGUGUGAAGGACCAGUGGACGUCCAUCGCCAGCAUGCAGGAGCGCCGGAGCACUCUGGGUGCGGCCGUGCUCAAUGACCUGCUCUACGCCGUGGGGGGCUUUGAUGGCAGUACUGGGCUAGCGUCCGUGGAAGCCUACAGCUACAAGACCAACGAGUGGUUCUUCGUGGCCCCAAUGAACACGCGGCGGAGCAGCGUGGGUGUGGGCGUCGUGGAGGGGAAGCUGUAUGCUGUCGGAGGUUACGACGGGGCUUCUCGCCAGUGCCUGAGCACCGUGGAGCAGUACAACCCGGCAACCAAUGAGUGGACAUACGUGGCGGACAUGAGCACCCGCCGCAGCGGAGCAGGGGUCGGGGUGCUCAGUGGCCAGCUGUAUGCCACAGGUGGGCACGACGGGCCCCUGGUGAGGAAGAGCGUUGAAGUUUACGAUCCCGGAACAAACACCUGGAAGCAGGUGGCAGACAUGAAUAUGUGCCGGCGUAAUGCAGGAGUCUGUGCAGUGAACGGGCUCCUGUAUGUGGUCGGAGGGGAUGAUGGAUCGUGCAACUUGGCUUCGGUGGAGUACUACAAUCCUGUCACCGACAAAUGGACGCUGCUGCCGACCAACAUGAGCACGGGGCGGAGCUACGCAGGUGUUGCUGUGAUUCACAAGCCCUUGUGACCCCCAUGCCCAUUUCCAGGAGGUGGAGGAGGGGAGGGGUGCUGCCUGUGACUCAGAGCAGUGGCACCGUGACUGCCGGCUGCCACUCACUGCCAGUCUGCAGUGGAGCAAGAAGUGGCCUCCACCGUGGCCAAGUGGCAUCCUGCGUGGAUACUGGUGACCUGCCUCCUGCUCCCCUGAAGUGUUCGGGCCUCCCCCCUGAGCAGUGGGUUUCUGAUAGCUCCCAGCAGCACCUUGGGGCUUUUUUGUAUGUUUCUGGGGAACACCUGAGAACCUGAUUGUGAGUGUGUGCAUGUGUGUGUGUGUGUGUGUGUGUGUGUGUGUGUGUAGAACAUGGUGUUUUACUAAGUUGGGGGAUGUGUGACAGUCUACUGGAUUUCUUUACUACUGAUCCUUCUGUGCUGAAAAUCAAAUCACAGAAACCUCUCUUCUGGAUUUGCCCCAUGGGAACCCCAAGAUUACUAAAGCUGCUGUCUUCUGGAGGUCUGGUUGGACAGGCCAGGAAUGUCCAGAAGUGACUGGUGAUGGGGGUGUUGCUUUGACCAUGCCCCCUGAUUGGCUCUGACUCCUGGCACAGUCUGCAGAAGGACUGGACAUUCUUGAGCCUGCACUGUGUCUUCCAUGUGCUAGGACUAGGAACAGAUGGGGUCCCCAGCCCCUCCCCUGGGUGCUCUUCCUUGGGCUCUCCUCUAGGAAGCAGCUGAGAAUUGCCUAGUCCUUGGGCCACUGGCUUUGAGGUUGUGGAUUCCAGGCUUGGGAGAUUUUGUAUCUCUUCAGUUGGGAAAACUAGAUCUUUGGAGAAGCCUUGAGUAUCACACUGGAGAAAAAAAAUACAUAUAUAAACAUGAAAAACAAAAACAAAACAACAAACCAAAGUGGUAAGGCAGUUCCUGCCUAAAAUGGUCUCAGAGAGGAUCCUACCGCUGGGUUUUCCUGGGAUGGGACAGUCCGAAUCUAUACUUAUUAUCCAGGCUUAAUUCUUCACAGCAUCCCAUUUUACUCUCAGAAGUGUUCUGGUUUGGAGGAUAAAUUAAAGGUCACCCUACCUCCAAACCCAAGGAUAUUUUUGCCCCUGCCUUGGGGGUCAUAUGUGAUCUAGAUGGACAUGGAUGGCUUCAGAGGGGUGUACCAGCUGGGGCUGGCCCUCAGCACUUGAUGGCGACGGUCACGUCUGUCUGAGGACCUAGUCUUCCUUUUCUUGUGCUCUCCCCCUGUUCCAGGGCCUGUACUCUCUCUCUAACCCUCAGAAUACCGGCUUCCUCCUUGUGUUACCUGAGAGGGAGGAGACCUUGGUAAAUGCCCUGGAUGUGUCAUCUCUCUCAGGGUUACUUGCAUUUUAAAAGAGGAGCUUGGUGAGAGCUUUGCUAAUUCACAGGUAAAAAUUACUAAUGACAGAACUUCAAGCUUCUGGAGGGGGAGGUGGGUAUUUGAGGGCACGUGGAAUUAUUUUCAUUAAAAAAAAAGAAAGAAACGUGAAACCAUUCCUCAGCUUGCAAGUCACUUAUGUUGGAAUUUGUGGCAUAAGGAGGGAAGGUCUUGCGUCUGGAGAGUACUCUUACAUCAUGGGGGCUGGGCUUUAACGCUCCCCAAUUUUGGGGUCCACUUACAGGAGUCAAGGGGCUUUAUGAAACCUGAUGUGGGACUUCUGAACUAACUGGGCUGCUCCCAAGCAGAUACUGUAGGAGACUGGCAGCCCCCUCAACUCACCCCUGCAGUUAGAAAGCCAGUAGCCUCCCUAGCUAGUUGGCUGAUUUGUGUAUUUACUAUAUAUUUUUUGUGCACUAAACACUCAACUCUCUUGAAGAAGAAACGUCUUCCUAUGUUGAGCAGAUGUUAUUUCAAUGAGACAUUUGGAAGGCAGCACCAAGGCACCCGGAAUUCUUAGCGGCUUUGGGAAGAGACUGAAAUAUCCAGCUUUGUCGGGCCUGGAGGAGAUGCCGCCAAAGGAAUCAAGGCAUGUUUUCAUUUCGGUGCUGUGUUCUCACCUGGCACUGGAGAUGACCAUGGUUUCAGACCUCUGCCUUGGCUUGGAGGCUGAUGGAAUGAGCUUUUUGUUGCCAGUGUUCUUCCUCACCGCCUGAGGAGGGUUUGGGACUUUGUUUUGGUUUCUGGUGGGGAUGAGACGGGGCGGGGGGGGGUCCCAUAUGUGCUGUUCAUGCAGCUCUUGAUUUCAGACUGCAGGUGAACUUCCCACCCCCUUUCCCAACACCUAGGAGCUGGGCUUUGAUGCAUAUGUGGGAGAGGUUCUUGUUUUUCAUCUGCCCAGAGUGGGUCCCUUCCCUGAGAGCUCACCAGCCCUGUUUUCUGCUUUUGGAGUUUUGCUGUUGGUUCCACCUCCUGUCUCCCUUCCUGGGAAACACUGCCCCCUGCUGGUAGUACUGCUGAGGCCAAGUUCAUCUCAUCCUCGCGAGUCCUUUCUCACAGGGACUCCAACACUGACUGGUACGUCACCGCCAAAAAGCCAUUUGGCUCUAGCUGCCCACAGAUGCCAUUUGAAACCUGCUGUUUCUCUAUCACUAGGUACGAUUCUUUCUCCACAGUGAACACAGGCGACUUGAUUUCAAGUCUGUGCUGGUCACGUGGUAGGCAAACCCGUGGGCCCCCCAUUCGGGUGGCCACAGCUGCUUGUGAAUGCAGCUUUGCGGGUGGUAUAUCUGAAAGCUGAUCGCAGUGAUGAAAUGGAAUUACGGCCCAAGGUUAGAAGCCGCUUAGAUGCCGCUUGGAUACUAAUUUGGACAAUACAGAAGUCAGACUCUGAAUUCCAAAGUUCCUUCUCCUAAGUACCUAAUGGCAUCUCUCCUUCUAAAAAGUUGCAGUAUUAUGCAAAUGAAACUGACCUCAUUUUCUGCUAUGCAAUAAGAAUACUUAAUUCUGUUUCAUGACAAACCAGUGGCAAUAUCCCCUAACAUGCUUUUUGAGCUGCGUUACUUUGAUAUCUGUUGUGUAAUGUUUGUAUAUUCCUGAGCCAGAGCCAGAGCCUUUCAAAGAUUGCCUUUUUAUAAAACUGAAGCUAUAGCAUUCAGGCUAAACUUUUAAUGUAGAUAUUUUUAUAAGAUAAUUUUUUAGGAUAUUUGAAUUGAUUUUUAUUAUCCAUGAUAAUGAAAUAUUCUGUUCUGUAAGUCUUUCACUCUCCUAGUUCAUGCUUGUAGCUAUUUUCCCUUUGCUUGUCACCCUCCAAAGACUGAUUUUUCAGUAGUUCCAGAUAGAUGAGUCUUUUUGACUUUGAGUCCUUUUUCUUAUUCCAUAUUCAAGGGAGAUUGUUGGAAAACACAAUCCCUGGUGUUUCUGGAAUUGCUUAGGGACUAACGUUUAGCCUGACACAGCAAUUACCCUACUAUAUUGCCUGGCCACUUUUUUUUUAGUGUCCGCUCUUUGCAAGGGGGAGGCUGGUUGGCCCGUCUCCUGGUGGCUCUCACUGCCUGGUGCUGAGCCUUGCACGCUGUGGCGUGGAGAAGCUCCAGAGAAAGGCCUGCCCUGCAGUGCAUACUCCCAGGAGUUUCCUAGAUCCAGCAAACCAAUCCUCAUUCUUUUCUGCCCUUUGUUCUUCUGAAGCUCCCACCAGCUAAAGGCCUUUGCUGCUGGAUGAUGUCCCUUUCAGAAGCAUCUUCUCUGUGAACUUUGAAAGAGGGGUCAUUCCUCAUGAUCAUUAAGAAUGUGUUAGGCAUGUGCUUUACAAAUGUUCACACUACACCUAAAACUUGUUUCUUGAGCUGUGUCUACACUCCAGGCUCUAUUUUAUGUAUUUAUCGGCCAUUAGCCUCAUUAAAACAGUCUCUUAUUUUUAUUAUUAUUGGGGCAGGCGCCAUUGAAUUGCCUCCAUGCUCCCCAUUUGCAUCUUAUUGGAUCAGGUCAGAAGGUUGAGCAAACUCCUACUCCAGUAGGCUGGAGUUUUUAGGGCUUUGUUUGCCUGGAGAAGCAAGGAGGUUGGAAUGUAUUUUUUUUUUUUUUAAGAGUUUGCACUAUUUAGAGUCCUAAGCCCCUCAUGUUUGGCUGUGCCGUGUGUGCUGUGUGACCGAGCGGUGAGCCGGCCGCACUUUUGACAUUUGGGAAUGGAAGAGACUUCUAGAGUAGAUAAUCACCAUCUCAUAGCCCCUGCACAGCCUUUGUCAUGGGGCUGAGUGACUCGUGGGUAUGGCAUCCACCAAGGCAGGAGUGCAUAUGACAGUGGCAUUUGGAGAAACAAAUUGCCCUAGUACUACGUUCUUGCCUUUGGUUGAGAUUGAAAAAUAUUUCCCCCCAAUUUCAGUGGCAAUAAAGGACCGCUGUUGGACUUUUUCUUCAAUUUGUAUAUGAUGUAUAAAAUACUUUGAAAGAAGACUCAAGAUGCUGAAUGUGUAUGUCUGUGUGGGUGCUCUGUCCACGCGGUUGUCCACAGGCAACCUGACUUGAUCACUGAUGCACUGUGAACACAUUGCAUCGGUAAGGUCCUUGAUCUCCUAUCAUUUGCUUGGAUGUUAGAGCCCAUCUAUCUUGUAAAAGAACACUUGUCAUAGUCUCCAUCAGUUACAGUGAUAGCUGAAGAAACCGUUCUUCAAAUGGAUUAUUUCAACAGGAAUCAAGUUCUAGUUUCCCAUAUUUUAUGUUAAUUUUAAUAAAAGCUGA